ACAUACAUUUUGCAAUGCAUGUACAUAAAAAAAGUUGCUAACUUUUAUUUAUUUUAGUCAUGGCCAUGUUGCCUUUACAAGCAGUUGUUUUGAGCGCCCUACUGCAAAAUGCAUGGAGCAUUAGUAGCAGGUUUCCUUCCAACUUCAAGUUUGGUGCAGCUUCGUCAGCGUAUCAAAUAGAAGGUGGCUGGAAUGCUGAUGGAAAAGGUCUAAACGCAUGGGAUAGAUUUGUCCAACAAUAUCCCAGUCCAAUUAAGAAUAAUGAUACUGGAAACGUGGCUACCGACGCGUACCGACUAUGGCGAGAAGAUGUCAAAGCUGCAGCCCAAAUGAAGCUCCAAUUUUACAGAUUUUCAUUGAGUUGGGCUCGAAUAUUACCUUCAGGUUUCACCAACGAAAUAAACAAAGCUGGUGUCAAAUACUACAGCGACCUCAUCGACGGCCUCCUCGCUGAGGGCAUUGAACCAGUUGUUACUAUAUACCAUUGGGAACUACCGGUGAAGAUUUUAGAUCUUGGAGGUUGGACAAACCCUCUCAUCGUAAAUUGGUUUGGGGACUACGCCAGAGUAGUCUAUUCUCUGUACGCUGACCGUGUUAAAACCUGGCUGACUAUCAACGAGCCUGUUGUGAUGUGCGAUCUUUUUUACAAUUUGGGUGCCUUUGGACUCAAAGAGCCAGUGCUUGGACCUUUUUUGUGCAAUAAGUAUGUAUUACUGGCACACGCCAAAGCCUACAGGAUAUUUGAUGAGGAAUUCAGACCAAAGUAUACAGCUCGAAUCUCGUUCGCGAAUAGCGCUUUGUGGGUAGAACCUGCAACGCCCAAUGAUACGGCGCUGGCCGAACUCGGGAGGAAGCACCAGUUGGGCAGGUUUUCUCAUCCAAUAUUCUCAAAGGAGGGUGGCUGGCCGCCUGCUAUCGAAAAAGUCAUGUUAGAAGCUAGUCUUGCUGAAGGUUACAAAGAAUCAAGAUUGCCCGCGUUUACUGAGGAUGAGAUAGAAUUUAUGAAAGGCACUGCAGAUUUCUACGGAAUGAACCAUUACACGACUUACCUGAUAAGGCCAUCUAAGCCUGAAGAUGAACCUGGUAUCUGGCCUAUCACUGGAUCAUCAGAGUUGCAAGCGACAUUCAUUCAUCCACCGGGUAGUACUUAUGGUGCUUCCACCCUUAAUCCGGUCUAUCCAGUAGGCAUUCGCAAAAUGAUGGCGUGGUUGAAACAACAAUAUGGUGACAUAGAUAUCCUCAUCACGGAGAACGGACUGUCAACCAGUGGAUACGAACUGGCUGAUUACGAUCGAGUCAACUUUAUACGGGAGUAUUUAGAACAAGUGCUGCUUUCUAUGGAAGUGGACAAUGUGAGCGUGAUAGGAUACACAGUAUGGUCCCUCACUGACAACUUCGAGUGGCUGGACGGGUACACGACUAAAUUCGGUCUGUACGAAAUAGACUUUGAUCAUCCGAAUCGCACAAGAACCCCGCGAGUGUCGGCAAACUACUAUGCUUGUGUUAUCGCGGGGAGAUCGCUUGACGUUCAGGAUUCUUGCUACUACAAGAACUAGGCCUCCCAUGAGCUAUGAAUGAGUAAACCAUACAAUCUUUGGAUAGAAAUUGCAGGCGCUUUAUGGAAUUCCGCUACACACUACAAGUUGACAACUACAAAAACUACAAAAGCAAUUGUGUAUUCAGAUUCAGAUUGUCUGUUUCGGUUACGUUUUGGUGGAUUAUAUAUAGCAAAUAGUUCCAUUGGAUGUACUUGCAUACAAAUUAUAUAAUUACUAAAUUCUAACUGAAACCUGGAAACGGGACACAAUUGACGCACUCUCAUAUUUUUUUGUUUUACUUGGUUAAGUUUCUAUGUCAAUA